GGGAAAAAUAAAUUUCAGCUGUAAAUAUAUUAUUUUAAUUUUUAUUAAGAAAUUUAAUUAGGAUUAAUAAAGAUCUGGUUUGGUGCAACUAAACAGUGGGAAAAUGGGUGAAGAAAUAUAAGUUGGCGGACCUCUCAAUGAAAGAUAAUAGCAAUAUAGAGCUUCUCAUAGUAAUAUAUGUCGCAACUGUGCUAAGCGCCGAACCUAACUCUCAUUUUCCAUUUUCCCUCUAAUAUCUCCAAUUUCUUCAUCGUUUUCUCCGUUCAGAGCUGCUAACCAGAUGGAGUCCGCCGUCGUUCUCCGCUCCUUCCACCAUUCAGUUGGUACCACUUCCCAUGUGAGGUCAGGAAUUGAAAUGCCUGGUGUUAUUCCAACAAAUAGUAUUGCCUUCUCCAAGUUUACUAAGUUGACCCUAAAGGACUCCUCAAAUGGUGCAAGGUUCAUGUCUUCUCCUAACAAACAUGGUAGAUUGAUGCUGUCUUGUGCAAAGACAUCUGAAACAACCGUGACAGCGAAAUCUGAUGAUAGCCACAAAAAAGUGCCAACGGAGAGUAGUCCACUGCCAACAACAACAUUUCCAAAGGGUUUUGAGGCUCUGAUUACUGAGGUAUGUGAUGAUACAGAGGUAGCUGAGUUGAAACUUAAGGUUGGAGGUUUUGAACUGCACCUGAAACGGAACAUUGAAGCUCCAGUAGUGCCUGCACCUGUUGUUUCCACACCAACACCAACACCGCCACCUAGUGCAAGCAAGCCCUCCAUUUCAUCCACAGCUACUGCUCCUGCAGCAUCCCUGAGGAAAUCGUCCUCAGAAAAGGUCAGCCCAUUCACAAACAUUGCUGCUGAAAAAUCAGCAAAAUUAGCAGCUCUAGAGGCUACUGGGGCUAGUGGUUAUGUUCUUGUGUCAUGCCCCACGGUUGGUUCACUCCGAAGGGCCAGGACGUUAAAGGGAAAGAAACAACCACCUGCAUGUAAAGAGGGUGAUAUUAUCAAGGAGGGACAGAUUAUUGGCUUUUUGGAUCAGUUUGGGACAGAACUUCCCGUCAGGUCAGAUGCAGCUGGAGAAGUCUUGAAGAUCCUCUUUAAUGAUGGUGAAGCUGCUGGUUAUGGUGAUCCACUUAUUGCUGUCUUGCCAUCAUUCCGGGGUAUAAACUGAAAUAGCUGUCAACUUUAGUUUUUGAGUUCUUGGAGAAUACUAAGGUUGCUGUUCUUAUUCUCGUAUUUUGGUCAACUGUGUCAUCUUCGACUAACCUAAUCCCACUUGGGAUGCAUGUUUAGAUGAUAACUGUAAACUUCUUAUAACAGGUUAAUUCGGCUUUAGAACAAUAAAUGAUCGUCCGAUCGAGGUUGAGAACUUGCUUUCUGUUUUUCUGGUUGUAUGAUUUUGUAUAUUUCUGUCACGCUGAUGGCGUUAUCAAUAGGGACCAGAAAAGAGUGGUGUUGGAGUUUGCAAUUACUGCCUAUUUUUAGGAGUGGUUGAUUGGAGCAACUCUGGGACUUAUUACAUGGAAUUCAGUAUGUUAUUUUGUCAA